AAAUUAAAUUAUUAUAAUUCUCCUAAAACCGAUUUAAUUUUAUUUACCGCGCUGUUACUACAGAAAGGCAAAAGGCGAAAAGGAAGAAGAAGAAGAACUUGCUGGAUCCGUCUUCGAUCCAUUUUCUUCCGCAUUUCCCGCAGAAUCAGAAAAGACGGAGCGCAUUCAACUGAAGUCACGACAGAGAUUUCAUGGGUUAUGAGUAUCAUCGGAUUCGGACCCGAUCGUGAAAAGACGAUACGACUGGGAGGAAAUUCCCAACUCCUGGAAAGACCGAAGUUCGCGGGGAUUCUAGGGCUAGGGAGGGACGAGAUGGUGAAAGACGAGGAAGAUGGCAGAGAUAGUACCGGAGCCGGCUCCGGCGUCGGAGACAAACGGCGAGCCGACAAUCGGCCGACGUUUCGUGAAACCGGGCUUCCUACGAAAGGCUUCAGCGUUCCUGUCCAUGUCUCCGUCGAACGAUCCAAUCCCGGUCCUGUCCUCCUCCCGUGCUCCGCUGGCGACGGUGGUGUUCAGGAAAAAAGGAUGUAAUGCGUUAGUUCAGAUUUGUUGUUUCCAGCUUCUGUAGGAUUAUUGAUGCUCUUCAAGCAUCCGACCAUUGCCUCUGAAUUCUGUGUUUAGCCAUGUUAUAGGAUUAUUGUUGAAUCCGCAGAUGUGGGAUUCAGAAAUUCAGACAGAAUAUCCAAAAGAAAAGAAAAUUUUUGAAGUGGGUUAAGUCGAGGCUUGUGUUAGACACAAUCUCCUCAAGACGAAAUUGCCCCGUUAUCAAGUGGUUACGGUUUACAGCAAUCGUCUCCAAGAUACAACGACUUACGAUUCUACAAAAGCACCACCUGCUUUAGAGAAUCCAACGAACUACAAAAGUUCAGAACUCUUUAGAGAAAAGGUUUGAGAUUAUUUCUUUCUGAAAGGAAGAAUGCACUCAGAAAAAAUGGGAUGCAGAAAAUGAUCCUAUGGGCGCCCUAUUUAUAAUAUUCGGGGGUUGCUACGAAAACAUGUGAAGGAAGAGGUUCCACCCUUUCAACCAGCGGUUCUAGCCGAAUCGUUCCAAAAGGAAACGUUUCGUCAAGAACGCAUUGGUUCGGAGCCCAACCGUCCCACAUCGACGCGCAACUUUAAAUUUUAAAUCCCACAUCGAAACGUUUUUCUCUGAAUCAAAUAGUCCCGAGUGGAACUUUCAAUCCAAAGUUUAAACGUUCCGCUCGGGGAACUUUGCUCGUUUUUCUCCCAAGAGGAAGAAGUGGGACCAAGCAUGUUUAGCUUUAGUCAACCUUGAGCUUGAACAAUAUUGACUCAAGGGGGGCUCUUUUUAUAAGGAAGCUCCUUCCUUCCUCUUGGCCAAAACUUUAGAUGUGGGACAAACAUAAAUAUAAGGAAGCUUCCUUCCUUGUGCUUGUCAUUUUUCCAAUGUGGGACAAAUGUUUUUCCUCCACAUUUUUAUAUUUAUUUUGUAUAACCACAUUUUAGAAUUAAUUUCUCAUUCACCACAAAUUGGUUUUAAGAAAUUAAUAACAUUUUUCUAACAAUCCCCCACAUGAAUGAAAAUUAAUGAAUGCAUAAAAACUGUUUAUUCCAAAGAGUUCCGAUGAAUUAUUAUUGCAUCGGGAUGGUAGUUUUUUGCCUUGAACCUUCCUUAGUGAAAUACUGUCGGGCAUACUAACCAGUUGGUGGACGUGAUGCCUUGAACCCCCCAGUUGUAUAACAUAUACCAAGACAACCAGUAUUCACACAAUAACAUUUCUAACUUUCGUUUUUGUUCUCAUGUUGUUGUCCGUUUCGGCCAUGGACCAUAUCUUGGAUUCAUAAGUGUUUUUUUUUUUUCCUUAUAGGAGCGGCCAUCAUAACUCCUCACUUAUAUAGGUGAUCUUACCUACCGAACUUUAUGUCGAAAGUAUUCUGCUAUACUCUACCUUAUUUAAGGUGUAGGAAUCAUUAAGAAUUCAAUAUGGAAUUCAACCUCACCACGAUACGCAGAUUUUUCUUACACUUGGAUUAUCGCUUUAGGAAUGAGAUGGAAAUAAGUUCCAAGUGUUCAACUGAACUUCCAUAACUUGGUUUUCCCAUUGAACCAAGAUCUUGGGAUCUCCAGUCAACAAGGUUGGGUUACCGCUAUGGUCAUUCUUUUAAUUCGUGGAUUUUAAUCCCAUUCCUCUCGAUAACUUGUACAAUUGAUCUCGAUUAAGGCCUUUCGUUAACGGAUCUGCUAAGUUUUCCUUAGACUUAACAUAAUCUAUGGUUAUUACACCAUUUGAGAUCAAUUGUCGGAUGGUAUUAUGUCUACGACGUAUAUG